AUGGCUGGGGAACCAAGAUCAGGCCACGAAAGAGCUGACUCAGCAAUCGACGGAAUUGACCCGGUCACUAAGACCCUCGUCACAGCGCAAGACUUCUGUACAGCGGUGUCUUCACUGGUAGCGCAAGAUGGAUUUAAGGUGCUCGUAGAAGUUCUUGAUCUCCUGCCACAGCGGGAAAAAGAUAUCAAAACACGAGACGAUGCAAUACGACGCCUGGAAGACAAAUUAGCUGCGCAAGAGAAGUCCCACAAAGCACGUACCCAACAACAGAUCUCGGAUUUUGAAGACAGAUUUCAGAAUUGGGUUGAGGAGAGAAAUGAAUACAAUACCAGAUCAAAAGAACUACAGACAAAAUCGGACGAGAAGGAUAAGGAGUUGGCACUGCUACAAGAAGAUCUGAAGAUACAUAAAUCGAGAAUAGAAGACCUUGAAGGAGACAUUACUCAAAAGACUACGAGGCUGAAGGACAUGGCUCAACAAGCUGGGAUAUUGGACGCGAAUCUGCAGAAGAUGCAGACAGCUGUGGAUAAUCACCCAAAAGAAGUAGAGCAAUCACACAAUGAUAUCGCCGCUCUAAAGAAGUCACUUGAGGACAGCAAGAACGACUACCAAACACUCGAGGAGAAAGCCUCAAAGACGAAGAAACGUCUCGAGCAUCUAUUACGAUUCUCCGCGAAAAUGGAAGAGCUAGACUUGCCACAAACGGUCAGCCGAAUCAACGAUCUAUGGCAAUCUGCAAUGCAAUUGGUUGUACGUUUUGUUGACCGAGAAUUAUCAAAGGACGUUCUCCAGAUCGAUUGGAACAAACUCCGCAAGAAAGAUGUCUCGAAGGACAAAAUUCCGCUCCCUCAAUCCAACUCUGAUAUAGCAAAAAUGAUGCGAGUCGCUAUAGUUCUUGGUACUCUUGCCACUCUCGUUGAUAAGUUCAUAUUCCAACCUACAUAUUUGUUGGACGAGAAUAGCGGGUUACGCGAGAUUCUGUGUCAGCAAGCCAAAAUCGAUCCAGCCAAAGAAAGAUUCACUCGAGGUAUCCUCCUUUCUAUUUCUGCUGAAGCGCAGGAAGUAGACAGUGAAGAAGAAGAAGAAGACGUUGUCGAUUUGGUCGUAGACAAAUUGCUCGACGAUGCGAUCGUAAAGAUCUUGAUCGAUCCGGAAAGUAUCAACACUUUCGGAACGGAGUUGGAGCGCCUGGUAAUGCAAUUCCAGGAUCAAUGGAAGAUCGUGCAGCAUGGAAAACAGAAGCUUGAGACGAGCUUUGACCAUCCCCCCUCAAAUGACCAUCCAUGGCACGUUCUCGACAUGCACAUCAGAAACUUCAAAGGCGAACCAUCCAACGAAAUACCUUAUGGUACUAGUAUCUUUGAAGAGGACAAAACUGUCAUCGUCCCAAGAGUCUAUCUUAUUAGAACCGAAAACGAACGGAUACCACAGACUCACGGUUAUGUUCUUCGGAAGACUCACUUGGAUGCUGCAGAAGAGGAAGCUCGCAGAGAUUCUCCAAUCGCCACAUCCACCCAGGCACCCUCAGGCCGCCAGCGCCGCAGGCGAUCUGCGGCACGGUAUCACAUCCAUGGUGGUGGCCCAUGGCUCCUUUCUGGCGGAUUCGCAGGCACCACGCACCACGAUCUCGAAGCACUCAAGUGUAUGCAGUAUAUUCUUGUAGAGUUCAAGGAUCAGUGGCCGAUUCUCCACAGUGAAUGGGUCGAUCGCGGACCGCAGUGGAUUGACUUUCCAGGUGAAGAACUAGAGAUAAGCUUUAUAGAGCAGCAGAUCAUCGAUUUCUGGGAUACACUGCGUCGCCGCUUUCCCUGUGCUAAAGACGUUGUGCUGAGCACCAAGUUCUCCCAUGAUUCUAACGAAGAACCAUCUAGAGAAUUGGUCCAACUAGCAGACGGGUGCCCGGAAGGCAUCUAUGCACGCGUAUCGUGCUUUCACUGCGAUAAUAAGGACGGGAUACGACCCGUGUGGAGGCAGCUUUGGCAGCCGACCCACUCCGAUAGCAGCUCAACGUCGUGGGAGAUAGCUGAUUCCUCAUGGACACCGCGAUUCCUCUCACCCCCAAUCCAGAAACGUUCCGGACCCGUGGGUACAUGGUUGCACUGGGUCAAUGAUGGGGCCGAAAAAUACAACUACAUGAAUGAUGCUCGUAGGAUUCUAUUCAUCCAGGCAAUCGAGUCAUACUAUCUGCACACGCUCAAGGCGCCAUGCAUUUGCCCAUUCGCUAGAUGCGGCUUGCAGUUCGAAGAACCUGGACAAUGGGCAGCACACUAUGUGUCCAGUGACGAAACAGUGCACUUUCUGGAUAAGACGUUCUUGUUUCCAUGCGAAACGCUGCAGGCUGCAUUUGCGCGCCAGGAUGCGCGUGUAAAGCUCAUACUACAGCGAAUCGGCAAGAGAUUGAUGGAAAUGCGAGAUGAGUGGGGUGAGGAGGGGAGUGACCAGCGACAUUUUGCCACACAGCAGUUCCUCAAGCAGCUACGGGACGACCCAUUGUGUGCGUGUCAGAAGGUACCAGAGAAAAGUCGCAUUUGGCGUGAUUAUCAAAUUGCCAUGAACGACGAGUGGCAUGAGAACCAAGAAUGA